AUCAGCUGUGUCCAAUCACAGCUGAUCGCAUGGCACUGCUGAUCAGUGUGCCCUGAUGAUCAGUGUAGCCCCAGCAGUGCCACCUGUCAGUGUCCAUCAAUGCCAGCUGUCAGUGCUCAUCAGUGCUACCUGCCAGUGCCCAUCAGUGCCACAUCAAUGCCACUUAUCAGUGCCUACAAGUGCACAUCAAUGCCACAUAUCAGUGCCAAUCUGAGCUGCUUUUCAAUGCCACCUAUCAAUGCCAGUCAGUGCCACCUACCAGUACCAGUCAGUGCCACCUAUCAGUGCCAGUCAGUGCCGCCUAUUAGUGCCAAUCAGUGCUGCUUAUCA